CCUCUGGCACUCCGGCCCGGCGGAAGUGCGUCAGUUGUUAUCCGCUCCGGUCGCUGCCACUACUGUUUCUGCCUCACGAUCUCGGUGCUCAGAAGCUCUGCCACCCGCCGCCCUCACCCGCCCGCCGCCGCUGCCUGCCGGUCGCCAUGGGUUGUGUCUCUAGGGGUCCGGUCUAGGGCCGCUACACGCCGGCUGCCCUCCGAUGCGCCGGGCCCGGACCCGGGGUACCAGCCCGCGCGGCGCCCGGUGCUGAGCGCCCGCGCCCGGCAUGCCCGCCCCGGCCCCGAGCCCGCCCCGGCCCCGAGCCCGCGCGGCGCCUUCCCACCCCGGCGGCGCGGCGUAGCAGGCGGCGCGGGGCGCCAAGGUCACAGCCGCGGCGCCGCCAUGGAGGCCAAGGUCCGGCCGAGCCGGCGCUCGCGCGCGCAGCGAGACCGCGGCCGGCGUCGGGAAGCCGCCCGCGACGCCCGCGCGCAGAGCCCGUCGUCGGGUGACGAGCCGGAGCCCAGUCCUGGCAAGGAGAACGCGGGACUCCGCGGCGCGCCGCCUCAGCGCCCUACGCCCCUGCGCGCCGCGCGCCCCCCGCGGCGCCGUCGCCGCGAGUCCAGUUCGCAGGAGGAGGAGGUUAUUGACGGCUUCGCUAUAGCCAGCUUCAGCACCCUGGAGGCCCUGGAGAAGGAUAUGGCUCUGAAGCCACAUGAGCGGAAGGAGAAAUGGGAUCAGCGCCUCAUCAAGAAGCCCCGAGAGGCAGAAAACUGCCCAUCUGCUGAGCUGAGUGAGAACAGGCAGCCCCUGGAGGUGGGCAGUCCGGGGCAGGAUGCAGAGCCCACUUGUGAUGACGGGACUAGGAAAGUCCCAUUGCAGCCCUCCAAACAGAUGAAGGUCACCAUGGCCAGAGGGGGUGACCGGAACAGUGAUGAUGACAGUGUCCUUGAAGCUUCCAGCUCUCAGCAUAGCAGCUCCCGGGACCAGCUGAGCGAUAGCUCUGCACAGGCGGUUUCCGGGAGAGGCUACUCAUGCGACAGUGAAAGUGGCGUGGAUGACAAGGCAUCUGUAGGCUCUGAGAAGCUCUUUGCCCCGGCACCUGACAAAGGCUCUGGAAGAGGUGAGAAGUCAGAGGCCAAGGCGGGGGCAGUGCCCAAGGUGUCAGGCCUGGAGCGCAGCCGUGAGCUCAGCACCGAGUCUUUCCUGCCUGCCACAGCACCGGCGCCCUCAGGACCUCCGCCAGGAGCUCGGGCCAGCCCCCUGGUGAAGAGGGAAGCCCCCAUAGUACCUCACCACGUCCCGCAGCCACAGCUCACCCCGCAGCAUCGCGGCUCACUCCCAACACACGUGCCUCUGUCCUUGGGCGCCUUUGUGGGCCCUGGCUCUGGCCAGGUGGCACCCAACAGCCUGCACCUGCACAGCCUCAGCAGGAGCAGCAGCACGGUCAGUGGCACCCCUCUGGGCCUGGCGAAGCACGUGACACUGUCGCCACACGGCCCUGGCCCCCACCUGUCUACCUCACACCUGGCGCUCAGGUCCCAGGCGCAGCACCAGCACCACGCCGCGGCAAUGUUCGCUGCCCCCCCAACACUGCCCCCGCCCCCAGCAUUGCCUGCCAGCAGCCUGGUCAUCCCAGGACACCCUGCCGAUGCCAGCCUGUUGAUCUCAUUCAACCAGCCAAUCAUGUAUUGCCAGCCUCAUUCGGGGAUUCUGAUUGAUCACGAACUGCUCAGGCAAGAGCUGAACACGCGGUUUCUGGUGCAGAACGCCGAGCGGCCUGGCGCCUCCCUGGGCCCGGGGGCUCUGCUGCGGGCCGAGUUCCACCAGCACACGCACCAGCACACACACCAGCACACACACCAGCACACACACCAGCACCAACACACAUUUGCUCCCUUCGCGGGGCUGCCCCCGACGCCGCUCAUGCCGCCCACCGCACCCUCGCCGUUUGACAAGUUCUCACCCAAGCUGGACAGCCCCUACUUCAGACAUUCCAACACUUCAAACUCAAUCGAGAUAACAGGCCGGGCCAGUGCGGUUCACACUUUCCUGCAGAAAGCCCCUGGGGUGUCUGAUCCAUACCGGACAGCAGUCAGGAAACCAGGGAAGUGGUGUGCGGUACACGUGCAGAUCGCCUGGCAGAUCUACCACCAGCAGCAGAAGAUGAAGAUGCAGCUGGACCCCCACAAGCUGGAGGUUGGCACAAAGCUGGACCUGUUCAGCCGGCCCCCUGCCCCAGGCAUGUUCUCUGGGUUCCACUACCCACAGGACCUGGCCCGGCCCCUCUUCUCCAGCACAGGUGCCGCUCAUCCAACCACCAACCCGUUUGGACCCUCAGCUCAUCAUGGCAGCUUCCUGCCCACUGGUCAUUUGACAGACCCCUUCAGCAGAUCCAGCACCUUUGGAGGCCUGGGGAGCCUGGGCAGCCACGCUUUUGGAGGUCUGGGCAGCCAUGCACUGACACCAGGGAGCAGCAUCUUUGCUCCCAAGGAGGGCACAGCUUUGCUUGGCCUGCCCAGCCCCCAUGACGCCUGGAACCGGCUGCACCGGGCACCACCUUCCUUUCCUACCCCGCCCCCAUGGCCCAAGCCAAUGGAUACAGAGCGCUUCUCAGCCCUGACCAACCACGACCGAGAGCCUGACAAGGGCCAGGAAGAGCAUGAGCGGGACCUCCUGGAGAAGACGCACCUGCUGAGCCAUGGCUCGCCUGCAGUACCAAUGGGCCACCCCAUCAGCAGCCUCCUGCAGCGGGGCCCCGGUGAGCUGGGCCGCCCUGGGAUCCUCCCAGACCGCGAGGCUGAGCCUCGGGUCAAGGAGAGCCACUCGCCUGGCAGAGAGGAUGGCGCCAAGCUGGCUGCACGACCUCCAUCGCCCUACUGCAAGGCAGCCCUGGGUGACUGCCUGCGCCUGGCAGGCCUGUUGGGUCGGGAGUCCGGGAAGCAGACGCCUGAGCGGCCCCAGGGCGACGUGAAGGUAAAAGAGGAGCGCAGGGAAGAGGAAACACCAGAGCUCACGGGCGUCAGCGUGCACCCCACAGCCACACAUCUGGGCCUGGGCACGUCGGGCUUCGUGUGGGACCCGCCGCGCGACACCUACCGGGGCCUAGAACUGCCGCGGCGCACCUUUCCCGCCCCGCCGUCCGCUGUGGGCUCCGCUCCCUUCGAGCUGUCUGAGCGCGCCUACCGCGACCGCGAGCCUCACGACUACAGCCCCGACCGUCUGCGGGACGUGCGCCGGGAGGAGCUGGAGCGCGCCCACGCGCCCGACCCAGACGCCUCGCUCUUGCCUGCCAUGCACUACCCGCGCCUGACCCCUGGCGCGCUGCACGGGGCGCUCCUGGCCCGGACCCCGCCGGCUGCUGCCGCACUCGGUGCGCCUCCUCCCCUGGUGGCUGCAGGCGGGGUGUCCACGCCACCCGCGCGCCCCAGGACGACGCCGCUGGCGCUCGGGCCUGGCGAGGCGCGCGACUACUCGCCUGCGGCGUGCAACCCGCCGGAAGUGGAGGCGCGGUAGUCCCAGCGGAGUGGACUGGUUCACUUAAAUUCCUGGGACCUGAGCACAGUUCCCUGGUCCAGGAGCAGCGCAGCUCGCUCCACGCUGCGGCUUGCUAGUGUAGUCGAGGACUUUACGCUUUUCUGGGGGUGACUUCAUUUUCCGAGCUUGCGAUUAGGUCACUGGGAAAAAUUUAGCUUUGUACCUCCCCACCUCUCCCCCAGGUGACAAGCAUUUUUAAUGGUUUUGUAUUUUUCUUAAUUUUGUGCUCUAACGACAUUUUAAAGAACCAAAAAAAAAAAAAAAAAAAAAAGAAUUUUUAGUUGGGAUUUACAGUUUCACUUCUCAGAUCCCAUUUGAGCCCCAGAGUUUAUCUUAUUUAUGGAAAGAACGGUCUUUCUGUCCAGCGCACUGUGAGGCUCCGCACUCAGGCCCGGCCCUGGCCUUCCCUUGGUACUUGGAACCGAAGUUACAGAUAUAUAUUAAAAUAAUAAUUAAUAAUAAUGUACAAAACUUUGGGUUUUCUGCCUUAUUCUAUUAUGCAUAGGUGUAAGAGGAUUUCUUUGGUUUGUUUUUUAGAAAAAUGUAAAUAUUCUGUUGAUAUAAUUAUAAAACUUAUUAAAUUCUUAACCUGGACAGUCUAUAACAAGUUUCUAGAAACCCCUCUGGUUAUUUGUGUACGUGGUCACAAAAACCCACUCGGGCUGUCAGUUGUGAACACUCAGCAGAGUAACUGCCACGACUAUCCUUCAACUAUGCAAGCCUCGGAGGCAAGACGGGAUGUUUAGGGGGAGACAGCAUCUGAGCUUCCUGUAGGAUGGCUGGACCUCCCAGAGAGCCACACUUCUGGGCACCUGCUUAGACUGAAGCAGACUUCAGGACUUUCUCUAGUUACGAGGACAAACCUGUGCCCGUGUGCUAAUCUUAGUGCAGUGUUCUCUGGAUCUGUGUAAACCAGACAGAAUCUUAGAAGUUGGUUCCGAGAUAAAGAUUAGUUUUCUCCCUCCUGUACCCCAGCAUCUGUUUGGGGGCUGCCCUCCCCUCCCCCACUCCCACCACUCAGCCUGUCGUAGCUCCUUUGGCUUUGGUUUUGCAUUCAGACUCCUCAAGCUUUUUCCAUGUGUUGUCAGCUGUCCUUUUGGUUUCCUGACCACCACCACCCCCACCCCUACCCCGCUUUUGUGCUCAGUCAAACAGCAGCCCUGUCUGCUUUGUCCAGUCCCUUCCUGCUGGCCCUGUGUUUCCACCGUGGACUCUGGUUACUUUAAACAGUCUGUUUCAUGUCAAUCAACAGUGAUAAAUACAGCCUUGAUUUGGAUGAAA